AUGCAUCACGCCGACACCACUAAGCCUGAUACCCCUAUUCCACUACCGAAAACGGAGAGCAAUAUCACAAUGGUUCUCCUCGAAUCACCUACUAACCCUCUUCUCAAGAUUGUAGAUAUUGCGACCAUCACAAAGGAGGUGAAGGAACAGGUUCCGGCCACACUUGUGGUGGUAGAUAAUACAAUGAUGAGUCCAUUUCCACAAAGGCCAUUCGAACAUGGCGCAGACAUUAUGUACGACAGCGCAACAGAGUAUCUCAGCGGUCACCACGAUCUCAUGGCUGGUAUCAUUACCUGUAACAGGGAUGACGUUGCAAAACUCCAUUUACUCGGCUUCCCCACAUUUUAUCCCGGUCUACCUGAUCAUCCCAACAGAGAAAUACAUGAACGCAUCUCCAAUGGUUACGGCACUGUCCUCAGCUUUGCAACUGGAAGCAAAGAUGUCAGCAAGCGCGUCGUUGCUGCAACCGGAUUGUGGUCUCAUGCCCUGCGCUAUGUUGCACGCCUCUAUACCACUGCUAUUCGUGCUGCACGGGGGCUUCCAGAAGAUUUAAUCCACCUUUGCGUUGGCAUUGAAGACUUAGCAGAUCUCCUCGACGACCUAAAACGUGCCCUGAUCGACGCAGGAGCUAUCCGAAGAACAGCUACCGGCCUUGAGCGUGUACAGACGUCCAUCAGAGAGGCUGUCCAGAAACUGGCAGAAAAGGAGGCAGCGAAGGACGAGAUUCCGCUGCAUUGUUAUGCUAUUUGUACCCUGAGAGCAGACGAUACCCUUGGCGUUCACUUCCUUGAUAUUGACAUCGGUCAGCCUGAUGGCUUCAAAUAUGAAUGGGACUUGUCAGAAUUACCCUGGGAUGCCAUUCCUUCUUUGGUCGCAGAAUCUUCACAAGGAGAGGGAGAGGUUGCAUUAAAUCACCAAUUUCUUGACACAAUAACAUCCCAAGUUCUUGCUGACAUAUCGAACGCACAUGCAUGCCAGGCAAGCCUGGAAUUUUUGUAUUUGUAUAUGGUUCUUGUGGCCCACUCAGGUCAAAGGCCUGCACUUACUCUCACAGCCCGAGCCACACUUUCUCUUCCAGAUACCCUUGCGUGGUGCACAAACAGAUACACGUUCCUUUUGGAAAAGAUCCUGCAUGGGACACCAAGCAGCGUGGAUAACUCGGUCGCGGUAUUUGGUGGCAGCCUUCAAUACACAAAGGGUCAAGGCAGAGGACUAGAAGCUAUUGAUGGAUUCAAAGCUUUACGAUUCUUGCUAAGAGACACACGUGCCCCUCGGAAUACACGCUCACUUGUCGCUGGUGUUGCUGAGCGUCUGGCCAAGGGUCCUAACGGAGUGAGUGGAAUCCUCGAGCAAAUUAGGGAAGUUGUUGGGUGUGCCAGGCGUACCCUUGGCGAGAAGGGGGAUGGAACUGCGGUGCUUGCCGGUCUCAUCGACGAAAAUCAUGCACACUUGGUCGAUCUUGGUGUCUCACAUCCCAGCCUGGAGGACGUGCGAGAUGUAACUAGGACAUAUGGGCUUGCCACAAAGUUGACUGGUGCAGGAGGUGGCGGGUGUGGUUAUGCUUGUGCCGGAUGGCAUUCAGACUUCUCCCAAUCCUCUCUCUCAUCAGUAAUAACCACCCGUCAAGGGAAGGAUAUGUCCCAUACGUUGCCCAAGCCGGAGGUCCUGGUCUCGGAGUCCUCGUUUCCCAGGGCUGGUUUGUACUUCCCACAACUCCUCCCAAACUACCCACCUCCGGCGUUAAGAGCAGUGGCUUACACAAUGAACACUAACAUGCCCCUUUCGCCUCCCUACCUUCCUCCCUCAUACUUCCCAGUCUGGACUCGUCCCGUCCCCUCCUUGCUCUUCAUCACGACUUAUAUCCUCUCCUUUCUGCCACGUUCUGUUGCUAUUACGCUUGCCUGGGACGUGCUAGGGGUCGCACAUGGUGAAACGUUUGUUGAGGCUCAAGAUCACGAGCUUUAUGCGAAACGGGCUAAAGAGAGGGGCGAGAUGCGUCCCGUUUCAUCACGUUGCGCGUAA